ACCCGGCUUGAAUGGUAUUCCUCCGUAUCCCACACAAUGCUUUAUGACAAACCCACUACCGUUGUCUAAUUGGAUAAAAAGUGCUAGGCCGUAAUGCUAACACAGUAUCUCGUAAACGACACCUUGUAAAGCUAUCACCGUUUCAGUCGGUAUACCCGUACCUGAGAACCAGCAUCAACCGUACAGGGAACUUUUAUUUUUAUAAGACUUAACUUAUUUUAUGCAAAAGAUGGAAUGUUGCAAAAUUCUUCAUUUGAGCUUACCACAAGUGAGUCUUCUCCUGCUCAUGUUUACAACGUUAAGUAGCUGUUGUUUCAUCCGAAACUGUCCGCCGGGCGGGAAAAGAAGCAUGGGGAUCGUCUCACAACCCACGAAAGAGUGUAUGUCUUGUGGACCUGGGCUUUUGGGUCAAUGUGUCGGACCCGACAUUUGCUGCGGACCUUUUGGUUGCCAAAUGGGUACAUCCGAAUCUAACAUAUGCGAAAAGGAAAAUGAAAGUACAACAGCCUGUGCCAUUUCAGGGCCACCUUGCGGAAGUCGUAAUCAAGGAAACUGUGUUGCUGAUGGUAUUUGUUGUGAUACAGGCGCGUGCUCAUUUAACACCAAGUGCAAAUUAAACAGCGAGCCAAGGGAUGUACAGAUUUUGUCUUUACUUAAGACCCUGGGCUUGAUAGAAACCAAGGCAUACAACAACGCUGGAAUGUCUUGAGGUCAACCCGAGGAUCAUCUGUCAACUAUACUUCCCAGUCUGACUUUGUCAAUAUUUGAAAAAAAAACUCUAUUAAUUCGUAAACUUUGCAAAAAUCGACACGGUCCAAUAUACGGCCAUAUUGCUUCCUUCCGGUGCCGUUUCUCAGCAGGGAGACGUGUAACCGUCAUUAUUCGCUCAAACUAGUUUCAUCAGCUCUCUUUUGGAAAGAUUUGAAGAAAGGAGGCAUUAAAACUUUUGAUCUUUUUCUUAUUCAUUUUAUUUCAUUUUAGAUCACAUCCCGAUUAUAUAUUUAUCAAUAUAUAUUACAUGUACCUUUCUUAAUAAAAUAUUAUGAUCUCAGAGAUAUAUAAUAAAGCCGAAAUUCUCAC